CCAAGACCCAAUCGCCAUCGCCAACAAAUAUUCACCCAGUGGUCCCAACCAAAGCUCUUAUCGUCAUCGUUGGGCAGUGGAUCUGUCUUGGAUACCCUGCCUGAACAAGCAUGAUAUGACAUCCCCGUCGAGGAGGUUCUGAGCUAUCUCUCAUCUCUCACUGAAGAUCUCCAUCGACAUCACUUUCCACCUUCACGAACCCUUCGACCUCUGACGCUCAUCGCAUCGACAUCCAGAUAGUGACCAAGAUGGGGCCCCCAUUAGAGGUUGCUAGACUGACUCUCAACUAUCCACCUUACUCCUGCGACUUUGACCCCCAAGAUGCGACCAAACUCCUUGUUGGAGGCGGUGGUGGUGCCAACCGGAGUGGCGUCGCCAACAGAAUAACAGCGAUCGACACCUCCCGAAACGAGAUCCGCAUCAUCGGCGAAAUCGACCUCAGCCGAAGCGAAGACAGCGUCAACACCAUUGCUGUCGGCCAAAAGAACAAGAAACAGAAAAUCGGGCCCAAGUCGGCCGAAACACUCGUAUACGCUGGUAUCAACUCGAACCCGGCCGACGUCGAGAAAGGGAACAAGAAUGAACACUUUCGCGUCUUCUCGCUCUCUGCCGCAGCGACUGCAAACGCUUCGGACGAGAAGCAAGCGCAUGCCCAUGCCCUGAACCUCACCGAGCUCUCCCGCACCGCACUCUUCGAGCAGAGGCCCGAGGACAAAGAAGCCUACCAGCGCUUGUUGCGCCUGUCGCCCCUGUACCCCGACCGGCCGCAGCUGGGCGCCGUGGCCACGGGCUUUGCGAAACAAGCCCAGAUUGCGCUCUUCGACGUCCGCGCCCCCGCCGCCGCCGCCCCGAGACCCAGGGGCGUCCUGGAAGUAUCCAAGGAGGCGACGGACCUGGACGUGGUGCAGACGGGGGAUGACUCGUUCCAGGUGGCGUACUGCGACGAACGACAGAUCUUCGUCAUCAACGUCAACAAGACCGACAUCACGGGGCCCGACCUGGUGUACAGCAUGCCCGAGGACGGCUCGGGUCUGAAACCGUCCUUCCGCGCCAUCCGUUACCUCUCGCCUGGGUUCAUCAUGGCCGUGUCGAACUUGCCCAAACAAGCCGGCGUCAUCCUCUCGGCCAUUCGUCUCCCCUCGCUGGACAAGAAGGGCAAGAAGGGCAAGGAGACCGAGGCCCGGCUGGCCGCCUCGGCCAGACUCCCUCGCUUCAUGAGCCGCGCUACCUCCUUCGCCGUGCGCAACCUCAACCCUCCUACCACCCCCGGCGGGCCCCUCGGCGACACGCAAUUCGUAAUCGCCGUCGCCGGGCAGCAGUCUGUCUGCCUCCAUUCGGUCGAGCACCGUUCCGACGCCAACCUCGACCUCCUCGUCGACCUCCUCCCCCUCGCUACCCUCAAAGACGUCCACCAGUUGAGCAUCACCUCGCUCGCUCUCUCCGUCUUCCUACCGCCAUCGUCCCCCUCCACCUCCCCUUCUUCCUCUACUUCUUCCUUUACUUCUUCCUUGACGUCCUCAAAACCCGCCCCGCCCGGUCUCAACCUGCUCCUCGCCUCCGUGGCCAUGGACAACUCAGUCGCCGUCCACUCCAUCCCACUCAAGAAGCUGGCGGCCAAGCCCGCCGCGCGCUACACCGUCGCUUUCGCCCCGCAGAGGACGGGACCCCGCAACGUCAUCAUCGCCCUAACCAUCACCGUCCUCAUCCUCGCCGCCGUGGUGCAGUACGUCAUCUCCACCGGCAUCGACCCGGCCCUGCUCUUCCCGGGACGGCCCUCGCUAGCACGAUCCGGCGACGCCGCUGCUUCUUCUGCCGGCUCUGCCGGUGUUGUCACCUCUACGACCCCCGUGCCCACAAUCGAACCCGAAGUCCUCACGCCCGGGAUGUUCCUCUCCCGCCUGCUGCCGGACCUCCCGGAGCUGCGGGUGGGUGACAUUUACGUCCUCCGCGAAGAGGACGUCGAGUUGGAAAAGCGGGAGGGAGGAGAAGGAAACGACGACGACGGCGGCGACAGCGCUUCGAAUGGCGCUCCGCGGCGGAUCCGGGCGAUGCUGCAUGACGAGGAAGCGUACGGCCCCGCGGCGGAGUGGGAGGCGCUGAGUGCCGAGCAGAAGGAGCUUUGGAAGAAGAGGCUCGCGGACGCGGGGUACUGGGCUGAGAACAUGGGUGAGAGCGUGUUCAAGGGGGUUGUGUUCGGGGAGAUUGCUCGUGUCGUGGAACAGACGGUUAGUGGCUAGCGGAGGGGUUGGAAGAUGAAAAUGAAUGGGUCCUUUUCUGGUUCUUCUUCUCGAACGGCUGUGUAUAUACCAGAGGCUCCUCAGGAUCUCCUUUCGAUGUCGGGCUUUGUUACGGCCAUGCUUGGGACCUCUACUUCAAGUGACGGCGCCGUGGUUAUAAUAAAAAAGGGUUAUGUAUGCGUUGAUGUAUUUAAAAUUCCGUUGGUUCAUUGAUCGAUCAUUCUCCCCUAUGAAGACAGACAGACCUAAGACGGCAUCUUGCUUUGGCAGCCUCCCAGACGAAUCGCCUCAAUUCGAAGUCAGAUUAACAUGCACGGCCUUGACACUCGUGUACG